AUGGCCCAAAUCCUGGAGGGCGGGAGGGACGAGGCGGAUGGGGAGCAGGCUGCGGCGUUUCACGAGGUCGCGAGCGCCCACGUCGCUAAGGCGGGAGGCAGCGCGCCUGCAGCAGCGCAGGUGGACGCCUCGGCCGAGCACUCGGACUGCUGGAUCCCGUGGCAGGCCGACGCGCCCGCGGGGCAGGGGCACCGGGCGCCCCGGACCAUCUACCACGCGUUCCACAGGAGUUUCGCCGACGUCGCCAAGAUGGUCCCCGAGCUGCGCCAGAUGGGCUUCGACUCUGUGCAGAUCAGCCCCGCGCAGAAGUCGAAGGACGGCCACGAAUGGUGGGCCCGCUACCAGCCGAAGGAUUACGACGUCAUCGAGGGCUACGGAACCGUCGAGGCGUUGAGCCAGUUGUGCAGGUGUGCCCGGGAGCAUAGCAUGAUCGUUAUCGCAGACGUGGUCUUCAAUCACAUGUUGGUCGUCGCGAGCGCCAACGAAUGGGAGCAGGCGCAGCGCGACGAGUCCAGGUUAAGGGCGCUGCAGCUGAGGCUCGAGAAGGAGGUGGGGCCCACCUUCAGCGCCGCAGACUUCCAGUGGCCUUGGUUCAAGCUCUACGGGCACCACUGGGACAAUCUCAGCCGCUACGAGGGCUGGGGGAACGGCGAGUGGUCGGAGCUGCGCCACUGCUCCAAGGUGGUGUCAGUGCACAACCGCCACUUGCAGAUCCUCCUGGACGCUGGCGUGCGUGGUUUCCGAUUCGACGCCGUGAAGCACAUGCGUGUGGAGCACAUCGCCGAAUACGUAAUCUGGCUGCCGCAUCUUUGCUUAUGCUACUCAUGA